AUUUAAAAUAAAGAAAGUUCGGUCAUUCAAAUCUUGAUUUAAGCUGUUGGAUACAGAGCCAAUAAUUGUACUUAAUUCUAUAAACUGCUACACAAGAUCACACGUCGUUAGUAAACUGAUGUCAACAAACGUAGUCCCACUUCCUGUCUUCUCUCCAUACCCAUCUGUAGGUGGAACUGUUUCGGCUGAAUGGUUAUACGGUAACCUGGCACCACCGAGGAAAAGCUGCAUUUUCCCUGGAAGAAAACAUCAGCCAGACAGUGGCUUCACGUAAAAAAAAUAAUGAUCAUAUCUAUGAAAAUAUGAGGUACCGCAGCUCGGAAUCGGUGCAGACUAUUUCACGGUGAUGGAGUUCCCUCAGCAUGCCCAGCAGCUGCUGUCAGCUCUGCGUUCCCAGCGCCAGCGGGGCUUCCUCUGUGACUGCACCGUCUUGGUGGGCUCAUCCUGUUUCCUUGCUCAUCGGGCUGUUUUGGCCUCCUGCUCGCCUUUCUUCCAUAUGUUCUACUCAGACUCUCCAGGGGCCAGUGGUAGCAAUAGUACAAACAGCUGUGUCACACUCGAUAGCGACAUUGUCACAGCUGCUGCAUUUGGCUUGUUGUUGGACUUUGUCUAUGAAGGUGUGUUGCAGCUGGAGGAGUCUCCUCCAGUGGAGGACAUAUUGGCAGCUGCCAGCUUUCUGCACAUGAACGAGGUGGUAAGAGUGUGCAAGAGACGACUGCAGAGACGAGGGCCUCUAGCUGAGGCAGAUAGCACUCGCUCUGAAGAGAGUGCUGGUCUGAGGAAAGCAAUAGAGACAGGAAGAGAAGGUGGAGGUGUCAGGGGAGCUGAGCCUGUUGUGCCAAUGGCAGAUCACUUGAAUCCAGUCACCAUGGCAGCGCCACUUUCAUCAGUGUCCAUAGUGAUGGAGAGGAGUCAGAUGGAAUCUGUGAAGUCUGAGCGGAGGAUUGGUGGGGGCUCAUCAGAGGCACGAGUUCAGACUCCACUGAGCCCUGACCUUGCUGAUACCACCCAGCCAGGAAUGGACGCCCCUCCUCUGCCCCCAGGUGGAGAGUUGGUGCAGGGCCUCAUGACGGGGCAGUCUGCCCUUACCUCUAGAGAUCACGCCAGGUCGGGAACUGGAGGUCAGAAGCAGGGGUCGGCACUUUGCAGCCCUUGCAGCACAACAGAGACAUGCCACAGCAGUAACCAGCAGCCCUCGUCCUCAUCUUCUUCCACCCUGGUCGCAGUGAGCCAGACUGGUGGUCGGUCAGUCGUUGCUCUUUCCCAGUCAGAAUCCUGUCUCUCCCCUAGUCCACAUCAGGAUACACCACGAUUCCCCAGGGACAACGACUCUGUUAGGAAACCCUCAGAUACUGAGCAUAGAGGAGCAUCAGGUGGAAGACAACAGAUGGUCAUGUUACUCAAAACAUCAGCACUCACCUCUCACUUACAAGCCAACCCAACACACACAUCGGUCCAGCGUGCACAUCCUCAAAUCCAGAGCACUCUGUUGCUUCAACACAAAAAGUCAGACUUCCACGCUGCUCCUCAGACCCAAACCCUUACAGGCCUUGCAAGGGAUACAGGAGUUUCUCCAAUUUCUAGAAACGGAAAAUCUCACCCUCUUGUGGACAAAGUAAGGACAGAUGACAGUGAGGAAGAGAAUAUGAAAGUCAAGGUGGAGGCCAUUGUUAUAUCUGAUGAAGAGCUCGAGGAGGAGAAAGAGGAAGUCAGAGAGAGAGAACCAGUGAUGGAAGUGGAUGAUGAGUUUGAAGAUGACAUCCAAGAAGAGGAUCUGAACAGCCCUCAGUUUCUCUCCUCUCACCCACAGGGCAUCUUACAAAUGACCUCCCACUCAAAUGACUACUCCUUCCCUCUCUCCCCCUCCUCCUCCUCGGGUGCUGGCCCUUCCUCCCAGGACACCCCCUCCUUUGCCAUCUCCCUCAUUCCUUCAUCCACAGCUCAGCAGCAUUCAGACCCUCCUGCCUAUUUCCAGGACUCUAUGGGGAACUUUGUGGAGGAUGUCCCCACAUGUGGAGUCUGUGGAAAGACUUUCUCAUGUACAUACACACUAAGACGCCAUGCCAUUGUGCACACACGAGAGCGCCCUUAUGAGUGCCGCUACUGUUACCGGAGCUACACACAAUCAGGUGACCUGUACAGACACAUUCGUAAAGCUCAUGAUCACACACUGCCAGCCAAACGCAGCAAGGCAGAUAUAGAACCCUCCCUGCCACCACAGCAGCCACCACAGCAACCAGCACAGCAACCACCACCAUCUCUUAGCUAACGUGUAAAUACCCACAGCUGUAUUUCUGUAUUUAUACACAGAAUUUUAACUUAAUAUCCUAACUGUAAUUCUACCUUUAAACCUACAUUGAAAUUCCUUUAAGUAAUAAGGGUACAUUCACACAUAUGGAUACAAAGUAGGUAACUGUAUCUGGCCUCCAGUGAAUCUGUUGUGUUAAGCACAUGUUGUACAUUUUCUGCUCUGAUUGUGCUGCAAAGCUAGGUCUCAUUCAUAAAGAAUGGCAGCUGUCACUGGCCCAUCCUUUUGAAUCCAUAUGUGUAAACCAUGGACUCUAUAAAGAUGGCCAACGCGACAGCUCCCAGAAGUGAAGCCACAAUAAGUUGAUUCCCCCUUGGCGACUGGUUGCAGUAUAAAGAUCUUUCCAAACUAGAGGCACAUUUUUUGUACUUUUAUUUAUUUAUUUCCAUGUCAGUAAUACAUUUCAAACCAAUAUUCUGUCAGUGAAACCUUGCACAUCAAAAACUGAAUAUCGCUGAGAGAAAAACGGCAUUUAUUUUUUUUGCACCAGGGUCAGUUUUCUCAACCUUUUGCAACACAGCUUGCUGGAAUGUUGCAACAUUCUUAACAUAAGCGCAUGGUGCACCAUCAGCUAAACCUGAUUUAUUCAAGUCAUGUUUAGUAUAUAUUUGACCUCAGACACAUGGCCAGUCAUAAACUCUGCCCCCUCCAUGUGUAGUGAUGGAUAAACUGAGGCUUUCUGAAGCACUCAAUCAAAAUGAAGCUACUGUGUUUUGAAGCAUUUGACACAAUCAAAACCGGUACCAUCUGGUGACAUGUCAUCCAUCUUUAAAUAAAGUCUAUGUUGUGAAUGUACCAUAACGCCCAAGGUGUGAAACCCCCUGCCUAUCUUUUUCUAAGUUUUAGAAAUGUCUCAUUCAUGGUUUUUCAUCUCAGGCUCUACUAGACAGUCUAAUUUUAAUACAUCUAUGUUCUAUUUCAGAAUUAAACACUACCCAAUGCUUACUACAAUUUAUAUUUUAUACUACUUUCUUACAUGUUACAUGACAGUAUACACUAAUGGAUAUACUAGGUUUGAACCCACAAGCUUCUUGCUAUGAGGCAAGUGCUAACAACUGCAUCAGCCAUAAGUACAGAAGUACACACAUUAAACAGUGGCAAUGAUGUCAGUCCUCACUUACACACUUUAAAUUAAUGUAUAUUUAUGACUGUUGUCUGUAUAGAAUCUGAUACCUGUGCUGUUGUAUUAUGUAAAAUUUAAGAGGUAUUUUUACAGUUUUAGGUUUGUACUGUUUUAAUAGUUAUACCAUCCAUAUGCUUGUAUGGAUGUAGAAAUGAUUAAACUUCAGUGUUGUAAGAAGGGAUGUUUCGGUAGGUAUGAAAAUAUUUCAAAGAGUCAUGUGACAUCUUAUGUUUUCUACAUUAACUCAACCUAAGGGAAGGUUGUUUUAAAUGUUAGUAGUUACUAAUAUUAACUUGUACGACUGCCUCUUCAGUGUGUGACUCUGUGCCAGCUAAGUUUGGCAGAUUGUAAAUGUAGUAGUACCGUUUAGUGUUUUACUAACAAAGUGAAACCAUCAGCCGUUUGUGUGGAAGCAAAUACCAUGUGGUAGAGUAUAUUUGAAGUACACAAUCACCUGUGCUAUCUGGGCUUAAUCUUACCUUGUUUCAUCUUCUUCAAUCCUCCCCUCAUCUCCUUUAGCAGCAGUGUACAGAGUAUUUGAUUAGGAAGACUUGCAAAUGAAAUGACUGACUGAGACAUUAAAGUGGCAGCCAUAGAAAGAGAUUGAAUUCAUUAAUAAUGAAGGUACUUUCAGUAGUAGUGGACAUGAGGGGUGAGGAGGGAAGUUUGUCCUUGCUCAUUUCCACUGUGCUCUUUCACUUCUAAAGUGUUUCCUGUAGUGUGACAGAAUAUAUAGUAUAAGCACACUUUGACAGAUGCAGUAAUUCUGCCUUCUUUUUAAAUGUUCAAAUUUAGACUUUAAAUGUGCCUGAAUGACUGUGUGAUACUUCGAAGUUUGUUGUUCUGUACCAUUUUACAUGUUUUGGGGAUUAUGUUAGUAGGUUUCACGGUAGACACUGUGAAAUAUCUUAAAUGUUACCUUGUAA